GAAGACCCAAUGAAGCUUAUUCCUCAUCUCUGUCUGGCUAUCCUGUUGUCAUGGCAACACGCCAUUGCCCAAGACUGCAGAGACUACAUUUAUUUCAUGCCUGGCACCCAACUGCUGUACAACGUCAUCGAGACAAAACAGACGACAAAAGACGAGUGCCGAGAAAGCUGCAGUGAAAACCCGGAGUGCGUGUCAAUCAACUAUAAGCAGAAAGAAUCGCGAUGUGAGCUGAACAGCGCUUCCCACAUGACACAUCCGGGAAAGUUAAGACCGGAAGUCAGCACAUUCUACGCUUUGGUAAAACCGCCGACCAACUGCAGUGACAAUUACUGUUCAACGGGCAAGAGAUGUGUUAUGACGGGGAAAGGAGUGGCGUACAGAUGUGAAGUUCCUUUGGGGAGUGAAUACGAACUUCCAGGGCUCUCGUGUGAGGAAAUAUUUGCCAGCGAUCCUUAUUCGAAAAAUGGGAAUUAUUAUAUUUCUCCAGACAACCAAACACCUUUUCUGGUAAGGUGCAAGUUUGACCAAGCCCCUGUGAUCUGGACUGUUGUUCUCCAAAGAAGUUCGGACUCUGUUAACUUCACGCGAACAUUUGACGAGUACGGCGUAGGGAUCGGGACUCCUGGAGACGACAACUUUCUGUUGGGUCUUGACAGCAUCCACAGGCUGACCAACAGUCCGGGUGCGAAAAGGCUGCUUGUGAGGCUUGAAGACUGGGAUGGUAAUGUCAGAUUUGCCGAAUAUGACAACUUUGCUGUUGGAAGCAAGGCUCAAAAAUACACCCUGGCCCUGCAAUACAGAUACCAGUCAGGAGAUGCUGGGGAUUCGCUUACUCAUUCCAACGGGAUGCCAUUUACAGCUUACGACCAGGACAAUGAUCAGAGACCAAGCGAUAACUGCGCUGCAUAUUUUGGCGGAGGUGGAUGGUGGCAUAAUGUAUGCUUCAACGCUAAUUUUAACAACCCGUAUUACAACAGUGCCAUUUGUCCGUAUGGAAAGGGGAUAACUUGGAGGACCUGGCACGGGCAUGAAUACUCAUUGAAGAAAGUAGCUAUGUUAGUAAGGAAUGUAUAGCGUGUGUACUUCGAGUCCUUUUUAAAAUAAUGGGAUUGCUGUGGAAAGUGGGCGCGAAUGCGAGGCUUUGGCAAAGGCUUUUACAUUUUUUAUCGUUUUGGUUUUAAAAAUUAAGUUAUUUAUGUGAUCAAAAGGGCUUUAUUCGAAAAGCGAUAUUUUUUAAACCAGUAUAAUAUUAAGACUAAGGAAAGAGAUCGUACGACCUGACAAAGCUAUCAGAUUUUACAGUACUCUAAUUAUGUAAAAGGAUAAGAAAUGCAAGGAUUGAGGAAGCGUAAAAAUUCCUCUGUUUUCCAUAUCGCCAAUCACCACAUUGUGUUGUGCUAUCGAGUGAGCUGUGUACAAAAAUCAUAGUAAUUAUUGAAAUUUUUGUGACAUCUAGACAUCGAAAAUCUAGACAUCGACGAUUGGACGAUGAUUCAAUAGACCAUGAGACCGAUAGGUGUGAUUGUUUUAGAAUUCUGUCAAGCGGGAAAUUAACGCAGGGGAUAUGAUAUGUUUAAUAACUUUUAUAACUAUUAACCGGAAGUUAGUGAUGCGUUUAUAGUUAGCGUCCGGCGAAUGAAUUUAUGAAACGGAAUUGAGGUCAAUGGAGCUGACCCCCCAAAUGUGGGCGUGUCCGCGUACUUUGCAAGUGAUAAUUCAGAAUCGUACAUCGAGCAUCUAUUCCCGUCCCGUCCGCACUAACUAACGAGCAGGUAACUCUAGGUAUCCUCUAGGUCUAGUAAAAUUCUGGUGUAACCAUGUUCAGUAUUAAGAAAGCGAGUGCAAAAAUGGUUGGAAUGCUGUCAAUCGUGUUAUCACACAAUCGUGUGAAGAUUGUCAUGCGCACUAGCACAGCAAGCAUGUAGUGUGUUACCACCGUAGUCAAUAGUAACCAUGCAAUCAUUACGUAGAUCACGGCGAGUCUCCAAGGGUAACUCACUGGCACACCCACGUAGGAAGCUCGCCCUUUGUAGCCAAUUGGCUAAAACCUUAUUUAAACGAAACCAAAAGCUUUACGGGAUGUCAGUUUGUGCUUUCCGAAUGGACUUGCCUUCUUAGAAGAAUAUAAAACGGGUGUGGUAGAUACCAAAAAUCAUCUUGUAUAACCUUUAUCCGUUUAACAACGAACAGAAGUAAAACCCGGUACCUACCCACAA